AUGGAAAUGGAAGGCCGGGAAAUGUCGCUGGACGGAGACUUCCAUUUGGGGUGCUCCUCCCAGAGGAGCUUCAAGGAAAAUAGCAGCUUCAACAUGGCAGAAGGAUGCUCUGUGAGGAAAGGGAUCAGUGCAACUUAUUUAGGUCAUCACGAGGAAAAAGAAAUUGCAGAGAAUUCCCCUCGUGAAGGGUUUCACAUACAGGGAGGUCCAUUCAGAAGGAAUGUUUCCAAUGAAGAGUAUAAUCAGAUGGAUGCAAAUAUGACUAAGCAUAGAAAUGAACAAAUGGUCCAUGCCAACUUGGAAGGGGGCAACUGCCCACGAUGUGUAAACCUCUACAGUGGAUCCGAACAAGGAGAGUUACUAAAGGGCUUUCAGAAGGAACUAGAUAGGGAGAAAAACAUCAGAAGGAGUAACCCAACAUGUGAACAAGCCCAAUGGAAUGGCACCAAUCCGAAGAGAGACACACAACGUAGUCGUAGCGGUCUACUUGCACAUGAGGAAAAUUGCCCCUAUUCUAAAACCUUGGAAAUUUUCCAUCACCUAGGGGAGGAGGGAGCUAACCAGGGAGAUGGUCACAGUAGUACCAGUUGGAAUGGCACGGAUUAUACCAACUUUGAGAACUCCGAUGCGGAGGUUGACAGCUGUGGGAAUGAUGAGGAGGACGCUUCCCAAGGGGUAAACUUCGGAACAACACUGGAAAACAUUUCGCCCAGCAACAAUCCAGCAGUUCAUACGGUGGACUCCAGUUUGGAACAUUAUGGAUGGAGAAAAGGAAAAAAAAAAAAAAAGCGUAGCUACCAAGAGGCUACUGACAGAGAGUCAGAUCAAGUCUUGUACAACAUGGCCAACCAGAAAUUGACUGGCACUUCCGUCAUGUUGACUGGGGAGAAGUCCAAAUACAUUUAUAAACUGGUUCCCUUUUUUAAAAACGGGGAGGCCAAAUUCUACAUGAAUGCCUUUGCGGCGUAUGAACAACUGCACGGGCAGUUCAGGAGGGCCCUCCGGGGGGUGAGCUAUGGUGACGAACGUAACCGGCCUGACCGCCUCGAGGAGCUACACACCAACAUGCAGAGCGCCAUGGCCUACUUCUACCUCAUGAACGAGAAGACCAUGAGUGCAACUCGGAAGAAGCCACCCCGAAGCAGCCCAUGCAAGGGAACCCUUGAAGGGGACCAAGGGGACGAUGUGAAAGAACAUCCUCCCAACUGGGCAGCGGGAAGCACAAGUAUCCCCACCGCAAGUAUCCCCAUCACAAGUGCAAAUACAGACGGGACUCAUUUUAAGAGAGAUUGCGUAGAAGACUGCCCCGAAGUGGAACGACCCCCCUGUGAUAAUCCCCAGCUGGAAAAAUCAAACUCAACGUUGAAGUCGCCACGUCUAGGGGUGGGCUUCACUCCAGAAGAGGAGGACAACACCAAUGGAGGAAUACGAAGUAGUAUCCACUAUGCUAUGCACACCCCGGAGGAAAAAAAGUUAGUGAAGCUUCUGGGUGAACAUACAUAUCCAGUAGAGGAGGGACAGAAACAAUUCCCCCCCAGUGCAGACUUGCCUGCAUGGGUAGGAAGCGAUAUCAUGUCUUGUCACCGCCUGCAAGGGAGAAGCGGCCAUUACAAGAGAAACAGGAACACGAGUGCACUGGGCCGACAUCGCGUCUUGGCCUUUUUGGUCAAACAGAAGCUCAUUCCAAAGUGUUACAACAUAGUACCUGUGUAUCCAUGCGAGGGGGAAGACGCGGCAUCGUAUUUGGCGGAGACCAACAAAAUGAGUGAUGAGAGCCAAAGUGCAGGCUCCACUGCGGAAAACGUACCUGAGGCAAGGAAAACCGAGCCGCAUGUAGAAGAGCCACUCCUUAAUGGUAGACGUCACGACGUAGCUGUGAGAAGUGAUAUGCCUGGUAAAGAAGCUGAGAAGUGGAGGGUCGGGAAGUUGAGCGACCUCGUGAAUCUGAACGACCUUGUGAAGGCAGCCGAAGGGAUUCGAAGGGAAAACCCCCCCGAACGCACAAUCCACUUAGCGCUGAAACUGAAAAAAAUGUGCCACACGAUAGAUCCCCGAAACCAGAACGUGCUUGACCUAAAGCUAGGUUACAACACAUUGAAGGAUAAUGACACACAGUUUAGUGAAAGACUGAAGGAAGAGAGCGACUCGAUCGAGUGGAGCGAAAAGGAAAAAUACGUGAAGAGGUGGUCGAGGAUGAAAAAAGACAUACGAAGUCGACACUUAAAUACAAGUGACGAACACAUCAUAGAUCUCUCUGCGAGGGACAUGAACCUACCCCCCGCAUUUUUCAACUACGACAAUCAUGAAAUUUAUUGCCUCUUAAAAUCGUGGAAGCAAGAAAUUACUGCACGCAUGACGACGCAGAGGAGGUUAGGAUUUCGUAUAUGCGCGCUGGUAUGCGGGGUGGAGCAGCAGGACGUGUUGACGGACGAAAGGGUGCGUGACUUCUACGCGGACUGUGUGGAGAAGUAUGGACCGGUGGUCGAUGGUUCCAGUUUCUCUGGAAACUGCGAAAACUGCGGCAGCCAGGAUUAUCAGCACAGCGGUCUCUGCCAUUCCCUGCAACAUACCCACCUCUCCCAGCACAACCAUCCGCAGCGCGACGGGGAUGCACCCCCCCCCAGCAUCAACCACUGCUACGACAGCGUUCACAAGAAGCUGCAAAUCAGCAGAGACGUCGGACUCCACCUAAGAGAAGAGCACGUUGUGUACGCCCUGACCUAUUUUUUCAAAAGCAUCGUUUCGAUUGUUCUCCCCAAAUUGAUCAGCUUGAAAGUCUGGCUGGAAGAGCAACAGGUUUAUUCCUUCUGCUCGACCUCGCUGUUAAUUAUAUAUGACCGAAGAAACCCGCAGACGUGUGAUAUCAAGUGGAUUGAUUUUACUUACUCCUUUGACAACACGGUGUCUCCAAGGAGAUAUGAACAGAUGAAACAUGAGAGGCACAACUUGGACAUCCUUUUUGGGCUAAAUAAUUUAAUUAAAUUGUGCAGAACGGUCUUUUCUGAUAGCGAAAUACCGCCAUCUCUUUCAUGUCCGUCGAGCAGUGAGAAGAAGCGAUCCCAUCCUGGGAUACACGACCAGUCGUGA